AUGGAUAGCAGCAGUAGUUACAGUCACAGCAAGGUACCACAGUUUGAUGGAACAGGUUAUGGUUUUUGGCGCAUCAGGAUGGACACAUAUCUAAAAUCAUUGGGCUAUGGUGUUUGGAUGUCUGUAAAGAAUGGAUACAAAAUUCCCAUAGGUGAUAUAACUGAUACAGUUGAACUCAAGAAGUAUGAAAAUGACUCUAAGGCUAAGAAUGCACUUCUGAGUGCAUUGGUCAGCACUAAGUUUGCUAGAGUUGUUGGAUGUGAGACUGCUAAAGAAGUGUGGGACAAGUUACAGAAUGUCCAUGAAGGUGAUGAGAAGAUCAAAGAAGCAACACUGUAUGAUAAUUUGAAGAUGUCUAAUGAAGAUACAGUAGAAAGCUUCAUGAGUAAAGUGAAUGAAAUUAUAAACGCCAUCAGAAGUCUUGGUGAGGAAAUCAAGGAUGCAGUGGUAGUAAAGAAGAUUUUCUCAGGUCUUUGCCAGAUCUCUAUAACCCAAAGGCGUCUGCUAUAG